AGAGCUUCUCUCCGUCUCUCUACUACCUUCAACGAUGAUUAUUAUGUCUGAAGUGAGCCAACCGUCUACAGGUGUUCGAUUAUCACAGCCCCAAGUUGUGGCAUACCUGGACACGCAUUGUGCUGGUGAAGGAACUCUUUGUGUUAGCGAAAGUCAAGUGACAUGGAUUUGUCGGUCCACGGGUCUAGGAUUCUCGUUGACUUAUCCCUCGAUCAUACUGCAUGCUAUCUCCACUGAUCUCAGCACAUUUCCUCAGGAAUGCAUAUAUGUUCUCGUGGACGCAAACAAAAGCGAGCGACGUGGAAGGCAUGCAAUCCCUCUUUAUACUUCUGCAGAGGCAAGAUAUGUACAAGAUCUACAAUUAGCGGAAGAAGAACUCCAUCAAAAUGGAGACACCUCCGAUGACGAUGAUGAUGAAGAAGGGAAGAAUUUGGUCAUCAGAUUUGUCCCCGCUGAUUUAAGCGUGUUACAACAAAUCUAUUCGGAGAUGUGUGCAUGUCAAGAAUUAAAUCCAGAUGAGGGUGAUGACUUUUCAGAAGACGAGGGAGAAGCUGUUGUAGCUAUGGACGGAGAUGCAGAUGCUAUGAUGAGUGGAGAUGGUUGGUAUACGGCAAAUAACAUUGGAGAAGAUGAUGAGAUUGAACUGAGCGAGGAAGGAAGAGCGAACCUUCAGCGUAUGCUUGGUCAUUCUAAUAACGGACAUGGUGACCAUGAGGAGCACGAGGAAGAUGAAAUGGAAGAGCAAUAAUAAGCCAUCCGAUUGAGUAAUUUUUUCCAAUACCGGUGUCAGCGAGAUUCCUCGGUUUAUCAUGAUCUGCAUAUUCGUUUGAUUUCUGAGUAUUGCCUAUUUUGACCCAUUUUUUCACUUUAAAGUCAUGCAUGCUUAUCACUGCAAUUUUAUGUACG